UUUUACUCCCAAAACUUCAUACGCCGCAACACUUUGCGUACUUCUUGGGCAUACCUCGAGUGCGUUAACGUGCGGUAAAAAUAUUUUAAUGGAGUUAGAGAGGAGGGAGAGAUGGUGUGAGUGGCGGCGUGUGGCAAGGCGGGUGAGAGGUAAACCUAGUUGAAAGUUCCUCAGGUACUCCAGUACUAAGCUGUUAAACACUCGCUCUUUCCACAAAUGAUUGCCACUUUGGCCGCCUUUUCACGGGGAAAACUAAGCGUGAGCGCGGCCAGUAUGAGCUAGCCCGGUGUAUAUAGUGACCCUGUGUCUACCCAGUGCCUUGAACCUAGAAAAUAAGUGUGAGUGACGGAGAUAUAUUGGAUUUUCUUCUCCGUAAUGUGCGAGGAGACAAAGCCGAGUCGGUCCUGGCUAGGGGAGAGGCGAUCGUGUUCAGCUGGCCGCUGUGUACUUCUACCAUGGGGUGUUGGUGGUGAAUGUUACGUGGCGUGGCAAAACUUACGUUGGAACUCUCUUAGACUGUACACGACAUGACUGGGCCCCUCCAAGGUUCUGUGACUCGCCUACCAGUGAUAUAGAGUCUCGGACGCCCAAAGGUCGGGGCAAGAGGGGGCGGGCUGGCACUACGACUGCUGGUACACCCGGCAACGACCUCAGUGUAGCAGAAACACGCAGUGGCAAAUUACGUAAUGCCAAUGUGAAGGGGCGCAGAGGGAAUGUAACUCCUACUUUUAACCCUCCUCCUAGUCCAGUCAAAUCUGAACCUGGUGGGACCAAACGUAAGGGUCGGGAGCCAGAGGUACCAGAAACAAAAAACUGGAAACGGUCACGUGCUUCUUCGCGUGGAACACCAACCAAUGGUGCAACCAGUCCUGGGCCAGAGCAACCUUCUUCACCCCAGCUGAUUGAGUGCCCCGAGCCUAACUGUAACAAGAAGUACAAACACAUCAACGGGUUAAAAUAUCAUCAGAGUCAUGCCCACAACAGUGUUACGAAUGACGAUGAGACAACCAGUACAGAAGGUCGAGCAGAGAGUGAAGUGGAAGAGAGUCAACCAUCAUCUCCUACACCUGUAGUAGAGACGCCUGUGGACAAGUCGGCACAGGAUGUUGUUAAACCUUCAGUUCUUCGGUACACUGGCCCACCAGCAACGCCAAGCCCUGGUCCCAGUGAAGAAACUGCCAAGGGGACCACACCACUUCCCACAACUCAACCCAGUGUCAUUCAGACACGUGUACCACAACCCAACCAGGCAGUGUACAUGUAUACAGGGUCUGGUGGUGUUGUUAGCCCACAGCAUCCACAGGUUGGUUCCCCAGCUUUGGGUAUGUCACCUAUUCCUGGCAGCAUCCCACAAAUUAGGCCAGGGUUAAUACGACCUGAAGCUCGUCCAGAGAUGAUGAUGAGAGUAGGAACAACAGGUCCUAGACCACCUGGACCCAUCCCUGCUGGAUCCCCAGUUACAUCCAGCUUACCCAUGACACCUCAAGGUACUCCCCUCUCUAGCCUACCUGGAAACUCGCCUGGUUUAAUAACUGUAAAGCAGUCACUCUUGGAAUCAGAUAAAGGUAAACCUAAAGAUUUGGUAAAUGGUUUAAUAGGGAAAGACACCAGAGAAGAAGACCAAUCCACAAGAGAAGAUGCUCGAAGUCCAGCAUAUUCCGACAUAUCUGAUGCGAAUGAUACUGCUCCAGUAUUAGAUGGAGAUAGUAAUAAUAAAAAUAUGCAAGAUGAUAAGAAACCUGAAUUACCUCUAGGUGCACAACCUUAUCCUCCCUAUGGAAUGUACUAUCCUAGUCCAUAUGGACAGCCCCCACCUUUUCUUAUUCCUCCAAUACAACCUCCGCCAUCUACCACACCAGGUAAGGAAGGAGAUAAUAAAGAUGUUAAGGAUAAAACUGGUGAUAGUGAUAAAAGAGAUACUUUACCUCCUCCAAGCAGUAGUGAAUAUCUUAAUAAAAUUCCUCCUCAAUAUCUAUAUCCAUCCCAUUAUUUAUAUAAUCCAAGUUACUCAGAUCCAUUCUUAAGAGAAGCGCAAAUAUAUAAAGAAGCGGAAGGUAAAGACUUGGUGCAAGUCAGAGAAGGAGAUAAAGGUCCUACAGAUUUAUCAAGAUCGGCACCUGGACUGCCAGGAACAGUGUCGUCUGUUGUGCCUAAAGACAAAUUAGGGGUUACAAAAGACAAGCAAACAGAAAAUCAUGCAAUACUCAAAGAACCACACGAGCUUAAGGGUCAACUCCCAGUAGAUAAACGGCCAUUUGAUGAACCUACAAUUGCAUACAGGUAUCCAUUUGAUCAGCGCUUACCACUACAAACACAACCUCAAGAUAAAGCAGGGGACAAAGCUAUGGGAAUACCUAAGCCUUCACCCCCAGCACCUCUUUCUAGUCCUCGAGUUGUGUCGACACCCCCUGCAGGCUCAAUUAACAAUAAAGAUGACAGAGACAAAAAAUCAGAGAAUAAGAAUGAAGGAGUGAAGCCAACUAUGGAAACAACUGGUCCUCCACCACCACCAACUUCAACAGCUUAUUUUCCAUCUUUCCCAUACAGUCCUCUACCUUAUGACCCCUAUAGACCUAUGGUUCCUUCAUUAACAAUGCCUGCCGGUUAUCCACCACCACACUAUUUAGCUCCUCCAGGGAUGGUGCCCAGGUUUCCUCUAACUCCUGCCGUCAGUAAUACACCAGAAGAUCUGUCUCGGGGUGGGUCUAGUGGAGCAAUGAUUCAUCCUUCACAUCUUUAUUCAAGUCAUAAAAUUCACGAGCUACAAGAACGUGCUAGAAAGUCUCCUCUGUCUUCAGCAGCCUUGGGUAUGACACCCCCCAGCAUCUUGAGCACCCCUCAAAAGGUGGGUUCUCCAAUGGCUAACAAAGAUGGAUCACCACUGACACCCGUCACUUCCACCUCUUCUGCCUCCGGCUCCAUACCUUCUUCCUCCUCAUCCUUGACCCACGGAGGGAGUGGGUCUGUGGGAGGAGGGGUAGAGGGGCGGUCUCCCCCCACAGCACGUCCCCCCACACACCACCUGCAUGAGGGCUUCUCUCCCUACUCUCUGAUCCCCCCACAGUAUCAUUAUACAGCACUGGGGGUGGGACAGACAGCAGUGGCAGCGGGAGCUCCCUCAGGUCUAGCAGCAGCUCCACCAACCAAAUGAGGUGCAACAAUCUCAACCGCAGAUGACCCUGUGGCUGGACCACGAGGGCAGACUAGUGAUCAGGUUGCAAACAUAUAUAACCCCUUUCCUUUAAAGACAUCGGGUUCAUAUAAAGGACUUUUCAAGUGGAGCUGAUGAUACAUCUGAGGAGAUAUUAGUGGUUGUGGAAAGCUGAAUAAUAUGUGCAGGAUUUUUUUUUUCUUGGCGUUAUCUGUGGAUUGUGAAGGCAUUCCAUUCACCUGGAAUAAAUCAUGAAAAUAUUUACUUUAAGAGAAGGAAAUGGUAUUCUGUGUGGUACAAACCUGCCAGGUGUGAAGGGAGGAGCAGGAAGUACAAAAAACAGGAUGGAAUAGAUUGGAAAAAGUGUACAAGGGGAAAACCUAAAUGGACAAUUGCAAUUGGUAUAAUCAGUUUUAAAUCUGGUUUAGUGUUUUUUUUUUUUUUUUUGUUUUGUUUUGCAUUGACUAAAUUAAAGAUUUUUGUUAUCUAAAUGUUUAAAUAAAUGAUGCAACAGCAAGGUUUGUGGCUCCACAGACUGAGGAAUUGUCAACCGUGAAGUGGUUGGCUGUAUAUGUGCUGGUUUGGAAUGUUAUAUGUAGUGAUUGGAAAAAGACUUAUGCAAAAAUUUGACUGCUGAAAUUCCAAUUAUGAAUCUGAAAAUCUCUCAGAAUCAUAAGGUGGUGUGGUUUUGCCUCAUGUGAUAAUAUAUAAAUAGAGACGAGCAUGAAACUUGGGCACUAGUAGACUGGAAUUGUGCUUGUGAUUUCAAGAAACUCUGUUAAUUAUCUUAUUUUUAUAGAUAAUUGGUAACAAAUUGGUGUCUUUCAUUAUGGAAGUAAUUGGACUUUGUUGCAACAUAUUGAGUGGUUUGUGUAGGUGAGUUAUUGGUAUGCAGAAUGCUGACAUACCUCCCAUAAGUGUUCACACCAAUAGCCUUCUUGCGAAAAACAAAGUGUCGUGCUGUUACGCUCAGGUAUGAUAGAAAAGUUUAAGCGGAAGAUGCUUUGGCCAUUUAACACAGCCUCAUGGACGGUGACAAAAAUUGUGAAUACUGAAAGUACCAUCUUGUAUUCCUAGUAAUGAGUGGAAUGCAGAGUUGAAUAAAAGUAUCAUGGUUUGCAAUGCCUUGUGUUUGUGACAACAUAUAGAAGUGCUGGACUGUAAUAAUGACAGGGCAUGCCUUUAUGAAUUAAGUACAGUACAUCGAGUGCAUAAGUACAUUCAGGAUGUCUUCACAUUUAAUGGGUAUUAAUAUUAAUAUUUUUUUCUGUAGAUGACCAGGACUGAAAUAUGGCACACGAGCACUAAAGCAGAGCAUGCCAUGAGUGUUAGGUGUGGAUUGAGGCUAUGUUACCUAGAGCACUGUAGGUGAGUUUUGUGGUGAGUUUAGUGAUUCACCUGUGUGUAGCUGGUCUGUGUGCUGUGUUCAUUAUCAUCAUCACUGUCAUCAUCAUCUGUAUAUGUGUUCAUACUGUGAUCACAAUGCUGUGGAGUCCAUGUUAUUAUACUUUGUUGUCCUGGCCAGCCUGUGAUAGGGUCAGCAAACUCAGGUGUGAAGAAAUGGCUGUUCGUUUGUCUGAGGACCUUAGAUCUAGCAGAUGGCCGGGCAGCCAUUUAACUAUGUGGAUGUCAAUUAAAAUUAUGUUAAAAGUAUGAAACUUGACAUUUCCUUUGGGAGAUUUAAAAAAACUGUAGUUAGGAUACAUGUGAAUCACUUGAAAAAAUUAUCUACACGAGACAAGAGUAUUUGGGUUUUGAAAAAUACAAAGCUGAAAGCAUCCUAGUAGGUGGUAAUACCAUUAUUGAAAUUUAUGAUAGGUGGUCUAUGUGAAGGAAAGUGUCACAAUAGGUGUCAUUCCAUUCUAGUGAUCAUUCCAUUACUUGGGUGUCCCAGGACUCCAGUCUCUGGUGUUUUGCAACUUUGUCAUCAGACAUUAGGGUAAAAUGGCAUAUUCCAUCAGGGCAAGGGCCCCUAUCUUGUUUAGAAAGAUGACGCUUAUGGCCAGUUAUCAAGAACUUGCAAUUGAACUGUUUUUAGAAAAGUAUCAGUUGUGGUAGCAGAUAAAAUGUUGCUAAUUAUAUCAAUGGAAAUAAGCUUCAUUAGGUAUCCUGUUUAGCCUUAUAUAAACAUGUUAAUAUUAUAUUGUUGAAAGCCUUUCUUAAGUCUAUUUCUUAUCUUGUCGGUAUUUCAGUCAGAAGCACGAGUAGCUUUAAUAAAUAAGCCACUUUUAUUACACUUCUCGUUCCUUAAUUCUUGCAUAUGCUCAGCAGCAUUUUUUUAACAAGUUAAUUUUUUAGGCAGACAUUGAAUUUUUUUUAUUAUAAACCGUUUGGUAUUAACGGUAUCUGGCAUUAAACAUCCUCAGAUUAUUCAUAGAUGAAUACUUACUAUACAACAGAGAUUUAUAAUUUUAGUAUUCCUCAUUUUGAUAUUUUCUCUGGAAACAUUUUAGGUAUUACAAUGGUUGAAUUUAGUUAUUUUCACCCUUCACUUGUGUGCCAAAUUUCAAGUUCAUAUUACUAUUGUAAUAAAUACUUAUCAGGUUUUUUUUUGUUGUCUUGUGUUAUAUAACACAUCAGUGUGGAUAAGAAAUGAUAUUUUGAAUGACCUGUGAUCAUAGUUUAGGAAUGAAUAAAUUUUAAUGAAAUAUUUUAAACAAGUAUUGAAUAUUUGAGCUGUGAGUAACUAUUAUUAUUUAAUGCUUGUCACUUAAAUCUUGAAUUACAGAGGAUGUUUAGCUAUUGUAAUGUCAUGUCCUUAAUUACGUAGUGGCUAUAUUCCCAAGAACAGUGCCGUAUCCAUUUAUUAAAUUUUGCAAUACUUUGACAAUUUGAUUGAUAUAAGGAGUAACAUUUAACCUAAUACUACCACAUACACACACACAAAAAAAGUAACUUUUACAGUAUAGUCUGGCUGACCUAUAAACCAUAACUUGAGGAAAAUUCGUACAGGAAGCUAGUUUCUCGUCCAUUAUUUUUUGUGCUAAAUUCAUACACAAAUCAACACGUUGAGGAGUCUUGAAUUAAGCAAUGCAUUACUUGAAUGUUUGUCUAAUAUCUUUAAAUUUUUUUUUGUGUACAGUCAGCAUUAAGAUCUCUCUUGACAGUAUGUACUGUCAAGCAGUAACUUAUGUUAUACUCUCAACACUUUUUAUAUAGUUUUGCCAUGCAAGUCAGCGUAUCAGUGAAUGCAAGUGCAUCUGUUAUACAGCCCAAAGACAUUGAGAAAGGGGUCCAUGGUAGUAUGAAUGAGGUAUUUGGACAUGUUCGUUAUGUUAGCACAUUCUUAAUACUAUACUUCUUUAAGACUGUCCUCAUUUACCGGGUAUGUGUGUCAUUGACUACUAGAUUGUCAAUGCCAGUCAUAAAAUUAUUUGUGAUGAGCAAGCUAAACUACGUACAAAUUUUUUGCUCUAAUAAAUUAUUGCAGGCUUCAUUUAUUUGUAUCGAAGCAUAUUUAAGGUAUUCCGAAUCAAAGAAAAUUGUUUAUAUGAGAAUAUUAGGCAUGUUACCUUAUUGUAAAUUUAUUUUUAUUGCAAUAAUUUUAGUUUUUAGUAUUUAUUGAUGGGGGGGGGGGAAAUGGGGUGGGAUGUGUUUUACUCUAAACGACUGUGCAGACCUAAUUUGAUUUUGUUUGAACAAAUUAACUUAUCAGCAUUUCCUGGUUGAUGUAAAUUGCCCAGUUUAAUUUUUAACCAGCUGGUAAUUUGGAAUGCAAAUUUCUCAUUGAGUUAAGAGUAAACAAUAAGGUAGACAUCCACUGAUAUGCAAUUUUUGUAAUAGGAAACCCACGCCAGCUGGUAAGACAGAGACGAGAUGGGGUGCUACACAUUUUAAUUUGAACUACUGUACCUUCGAGAAUUUAGAGAGGUAAUUGAUCUGUAGAAAUGUUCAGCAUGCCUUGGUGAUCAGGGAGUGACCAGGCUAAGAGUAUAUUGUGUUAUCCCCAGUUAAUAUGUAGGGGCCAAAGGUGUUUAAUCACCUGUGAUUGCUCAGUUAAUGCCCAAGGUAUGUGUUACCCGUGAUUGGUCAUGUGACCCUUUAAUAUCGUAGAACUAGCUGUGAUUGUCUGAUUAAAACACUUAAGUAUCUUGGUAUUUACAUAAAAAAAAUAUUGUGGUCGUGAAUAUAAAGAUUCAUGGGCCUUUAGUAAUCAUCCUCAUCUGACCUAGCCUGGGGAAGGCAAUUUUGCAACAUUAUUAACUUAGGGAGAGAUUUGUCAUUAAGAAAUUGAUCAGUGCGUGAUAGGAUUUCAUAUUACUGUACAAAUGUUGGAAGGAACACAUUGUUGCUCCGGUGUACAUUUUGAUUUGGCUUCUUACAGAAUAAAAUACUUUUAUUGUAUAA